CCAUGUGUGGUCUUCCUUGGGAGGUGGAAGGAGGGAGGGGGAGAAGGCGAAGCGGAGCUGCUUCCUGGUCCCAAAGCGGAGCAGCUGAGAAUCCGGAGCGGGUCACCCUUGGGGUCUGCCCUCCUCCUUUUGGUCUUCCCCGCUGGGAGCCUCUGAUUUCCAGGACUCGAGACCGUCGCUCCUUUCGGGUGCUGAUUAAGGACGAAAUCUGGGAAAAGAGGACAGGCUUCCCCGUGGACGGCUCCCUCGGAGCCCAAACUAAGAUGGCGGAAGAAGGUUCCUCUGGCCCUGAAGCAGGAGGAGGCCUUGAUGCUUUCCAGGCUGGGAUCACUGGGGAAGACGGGGGAAGGACGUUCAAAAAUGUCCCCCGUGAAGAGAAGGGCAGCUCAGAUUUCCACUGCCAGCGCUUCAGGGGGUUCUGCUACAAAGAGGCCAGGGGUCCCCGAGAGGCUUGUGCCCGGCUCCAUGAACUCUGCCGUCGGUGGCUGAAGCCAGAAAGGCACACCAAGGCUCAGAUCCUGGACUUGGUGAUCCUGGAGCAGUUCCUGGCCAUCCUUCCCCCGGAGAUGUCCAGCUGGGUGAGGGAAUGUGGAGCGGAGACCAGUUCCCAGGCGGUGGCCCUGGCCGAAGGCUUCCUCCUGAGCCAGGCGGAGGAGAAAAAGCAGGAAAAAUUGGAGGAUCUGUGUAUGAAAGAGGAUGCUGACAGGCUGAAGAUGCGAAAGCUUCCCCCGGACGCAAGACUCACUCUGCCCUCUUUGUGGCUGGCACUGGAAGGCGACCAAGGAGCCAUCUCGCUGGGAGAUCGACCAAGAUUGCCAGCAGCCAUUCAUACUCGCUCAUCCUUCUUUUGUGAUGCACCGGAAAUGGCCUCUGUGCAGCUGGAUCAGGUAACCUUUGAGGAGGUGGCUGUGUGUUUCACAGAAGAGGAAUGGAUCUUGCUGGAUCUCCACCAAAGAGCCCUGCACACCGAGGUGAUGAAGGAGAAUUAUGGGAUGAUGGCUUCUCUCGGUGCUGAUCGGCGGGAGAGUGAAAAUAAAGGUGGGUUGUGUGCCAUGUUGUUGGAAACGACGAGACAUCCGGAGGAAGAAAAGCAAAAUAAAAAAAGAGAGAGAAAGGAGAAACAAAAGACUGAAUCACCUCCUUUUCUGGGCUUGGACAUCUGGGAAAUCCCAGUCCACGAGAAAAUGGAAACGGUUGAAGAUCUUUAUUCCGAAUCGAGCUGGGAUGAUCCUGUGGCCGAUCACCUAAGGGAGGAAGCGCAUAAAUGGCCACAGGGUGAAGAAGAUUUUAAUUGGAACUCGGACCUUACUGAAUAUCGAAGAACGCACCUGGGUGAGGAAACCUGUGAGGUUCUGGAGUGGGGAAGGGGCUUCCGCCAGAAGAUCCUGUUCGCUCCUCAUCCGCCAGCUGCGACAGGAGAGAAACCGUAUACCUGUCUGGAUUGCGGGAAGGGCUUCAGCCGGAGCAGCACCCUCAAAACCCACCAGAUCAUUCACACGGGGCAGAAGCCGUAUAAAUGUCUGGAAUGUGGCAAGAAUUUCAGCCAGAAGUCCGGGCUGAGGACGCACCAGAUCAUUCACACCGGAGAGAAACCGUACCGAUGCCUGCUGUGCGGGAGGAGCUUCAAUCUGAAGUCCAGCUUGAAUAGGCACCAGAUUGUUCACACGGGAGAGAGGCCGUUCCAGUGCUUAGAGUGCGGAAGGUGCUACGCCUCAAAAAGGAACCUCGUGGCCCAUCAAAUGGAUCACACCGGAGAGAAACCCUACCAGUGCCUGGAGUGUGGGAAGAGCUUCAGCCAGAGGUCGGUCUUGAAAAUCCACCAGGUCUUUCACAGCCAAGAGAAAUCUUACAAGUGCUUGGUGUGUGGGAAGGAUUUCCACAUGAGAUCCGGCCUCAGCAGGCACCAGAUGGUCCACACGGGGGAGAAACCCCAUAAAUGCCUGGAGUGCGGGAAAAGCUUCACCGACCGGAGCAAAUUAAUGGUCCAUCAGAUGAGCCACAAUGGGGAGAAACCGUACAGCUGUCCCGAGUGUGGGAAGGGCUUCACCAUCAAGAGGAGCCUCGCGGCGCAUCAAAUAAACCACGCGGAAGGGAAACCGUACCAAUGCCUGGACUGUGGGAAGACCUUCAGCCACAGGUCAAGCCUCAGCCGACACCAGACUUUGCACGCCGAGGAGAAGCCAUACAGAUGCGCGCAGUGCGGUAAGUGUUUCAGUUGUAAGAAAUACCUUACUGCACAUGAGCGGAUCCAUUUGGGUGAGAAACCCUAUAAGUGCGUGCAGUGUAAUAAGCGCUUUCCCGCCAAAUCGCAUCUGAAGAAACAUCUCCGAAUUCACACCGGGGAGAAACCCUUGAAAUGCGCGGAGUGUGGGAAGCGGUUCUACGAGCGAUCGAGCCUUCUCAGCCACCAGAGGAUCCACACGGGAGAGAAGCCGUACAAAUGCGUGGAGUGUGGGAAAUGUUUUCGCCACAGCAUAAGCCUCAUCGCCCAUCAGCUGGAUCACACGGGAGAGAAACCCUACCGAUGUCUGGAGUGCGGGAAGAGCUUCAGUCGGAGCGGAAGCCUCAAAAGGCACCAGGUUGUUCACGUUGCCGAGAAACCUUACAAGUGCCUUGAGUGUGGAAAAACCUAUGCUGAGAAGAGAAACUUCACUGCCCAUCAAAGGAAGCACACGGGAGAGAAACCCUAUAAAUGCCUGGAGUGUGGGAAAAGCUACAGUCACAGAUCAACAUUCAGCACGCACCAGCUCAUUCAUAUAGGAGGGAAACCUUAUAAAUGCCUGGAGUGUGGGAGGAGCUUCAGUCAGCUCGAGACCCUCUAUAAACAUCAGAUUAUGAAGGCCGGGGAGAAAGGGAUCCAUGGAGAGGAGAAGCCGUACAAGUGCCUGGAGUGUGGAAAGAUUUUCUGUCAGAAAUCAAACCUCAAUAGUCAUCAAAGGAUUCACACCGGGGAGAAACCCUACAAAUGCCUCGUGUGUGGGAAAGGGUAUAGUUAUCGCCAAAGCCUCGUGGCUCAUCAGAUCAGCCACACCGGAGAGAAACCUUAUAUGUGCCUGGAAUGCGGGAAGAGCUUCAGUCUGAAAGCCACCCUCGGUAGGCAUCAGAUGAUCCACACGGGAGAGAAACCCUAUCAAUGCCUGGAGUGUGGGAAAAGGUACUCGGAAAAAAGGAACCUCAUGGUCCAUCAGAUGAACCACACUGGAGAGAAACCCUUUCAGUGCGUAGAGUGUGGAAAGAGUUUCGGUCAGAGGUCUAGCCUGAGCAGACACCAGAUUAUUCACCAAGGGGAGAAACGAUGCAUGGCUGGGAGGCCAUUCCAGAUUCCUUAUGGGCGCCGUCCCGUGUUAAAAUGACAGUCCAUUUCACAUGGUUGUUGUCCAUUAAAUGUUUUCUGGACUCCCUACGGCUUCUUAUAAUAAUGGCUGCAUGCUGUAGUGUAUCCCUCCCUCUCUCUUUUUCCCCAGCAACGAUUGUUGUGUGUAUAUUGCUUUUGUUCUAGGAAGUUCCCUCUCCUCUGGCAGUGUAAAAAAUUGAACAGAUAUCCAAAGGUUUUGAGUGGGCUUAUGCCUGAACAUGUCUCCUUCCGCCAUCAGCUUGAACUCUUCAUGUUCAGGUAGGAUAUACAGGUACGAUCUAUACUGCAUUAAACCUGUUUCAAGGUAUAUUGCGCCACUGCUAAGUCACUAGGGCACCAGCCCUGCUUGUUCGAAUUAGGGCCAGCACGUUCGUGCCUCAGCACGGAGCGGAAGGGCAGUCAUGGAAGCGUUUUUCUGUCUGCUCUGGCAGCUUCUGCAGUGUGUCUCUGUUCUCCCCCUGGUUGCAGGAUCUGCCACGCAACUGUGUGUGGCAAAAAGCCUUCCAGAUUGUGGAGCAGAGGGCAGUGAUUGCCCUUCUGCUCUACAGCUGGGCAUCAGAAUAAAGUCUACUACACCUAAUUAGUGAAUAUCUUUGCCCCAUCAUUGUGUACUGGCAUUGUUUUCCUUACUUUUUCAUAACUAAAGUACAGUGGUGCCCCACUAGACGCUUCCCUGCAUGAUGUCAAAAUC